UGACGGCUGAAGCUGAACGACUGAAUUAAUCCAUCUUUUUGAAGCAUUGGAGGCAAAAGACAACUGCAGCCAUGAGGCUUUUCUUCGUGCUGCAGAUGCUCUGUUUGGCUGGUUACCAUGCUUCCAGAUCCAGAGACUGGGCUCAUCACGGCGCCCCUAUAUUUGCUGAUCUUACAGUACGUGAGAUGAGAGCUGUCCGAGCCUACCUGCACGGUAUUCCAGAGAUGGAGCUCACCGAUGCUCGAAGCAAAACUCUGAAGAAGAAUAGCAUCCUGCUGAUAGAACUCCACCUGCCAAAGAAACACGAGGCCUUGAAAGCACUAGACUCUGGACACGCCAGACCCCCUCGUCAAGCCCGUGCGGUCAUCCUGUACGGGAACCAGACCAAACCCAACAUCACUGAGUACAUUGUGGGUUCUCUGCCAUCCCCGACAUAUCAUAAAAUCAAAAGUUUUAAGAGUGGGAAACCUAUUCAGUUUGAGUCACGACCAAUCACUUCUGUAGAGUAUGACCAUAUUGACAACAUCCUCAAGAAGAUCUCAACUACAGCUCACAAGGUGCUUUUUGAGGUGACAGACGGGUAUUCCUACACCAACUGUUCUGACCGCUGCCUUACUUUCUCAGACAUUGCUCCCCGUGGGCUGGCUUCAGGCGAGCGGAGGUCAUGGAUUAUGUUGCAGAAGUUUAUAGAGGGUUAUUUCAUUCACCCAAUUGGAUUCGAAGUGCUGAUCAAUCACCAGGAUCUAGACCCAGAAAAGUGGUUUGCUGAGAAAGUCUGGUUUAACAACAUGUACUUUGACAGUGUUGAGGAACUAGUAGCAAAGCAUGAAUCAGGAGAAGUGCAAGUCACUAAACUGCCUAGUCAUCAUGAUGAUGAGCUGUUUUCCACCUACAUACCCCGCGGUCACAGCAACACUCCAACAAAUAUUCAUGGACCAAAGCUUGUUGAGCCUCAGGGCCAUCGCUAUUUAAUAGACCGCAAUUUUGUUGAAUACGCUGGAUGGUCUUUCGCCUACAGAGUACGCUCCUCAGCUGGGCUUCAACUGUUUGACCUUCGUUUUAAUGGCGAAAGGAUAGCCUACGAGAUCAGUCUCCAAGAAGCUAUCGCCUUCUACGCUGGCGAUACUCCCGCUGCCAUGCAAACAAAAUACAUAGACGCAGGCUGGGCUAUGGGCACCUCCACUUAUGAACUGGCGCCUGGCAUUGACUGCCCAGAAAUUGCGACCUUUGUUGACCUCCACCACUACUUCGACACGGACAAACCUGUGCUUCACAAAAAUGCUCUCUGUAUUUUUGAGAUGACCACCGCCAUGCCACUGAGGAGGCAUUUCAACUCCAACUUUCAGGGAGGAUACAACUUCUUUGGAGGGCUGGAGAACACUGUACUGGUGCUGAGAACCACCUCCACAGUUUACAACUAUGACUACAUCUGGGAUUUCCUGUUCUACUUGAAUGGGGUGGUGGAGGUUAAGGUCAGUGCUUCUGGAUAUAUCCACGCCACUUUCUUUACACCUAACGGACUUCACUUUGGGACAAGGGUGAACAACUAUGUACUGGGCAACCUGCACACACACCUCAUUCAUUAUAAAGUGGACCUGGAUAUUGCUGGUCGAGAGAACAGCUUUGAAACAAUGGAGCUAAAAUACGUGAACUUUACAAAUCCAUGGAGUCCGAAGAAUUUCAUCGUUCAAUCUAAGUUGCACAGGACAGAGCACAAGAGGGAGCGAGAAGCUGCUUUCCGCUUCGGCAAGAAACUUCCCCGCUACUUGCACUUUUAUAACCCCAAUGAGAAGAGCAAAUGGGGGCACCAGAAGGGUUAUCGCAUUCAGUUUAACUCACAUGCACUCAGUGUCCUUCCUAGAGGCUGGCAGGAGGAAAAUGGCAUCAGUUGGUCGAGAUAUCCUCUGGCUGUGACGCGCCAUAAAGAUAGUGAAUCCACAAGCAGCAGUAUUUACACUCAGAAUGACCCCUGGGAUCCUGUAGUAUCCUUUGAGGACUACAUCCGCAACAAUGAAGACAUAGUCAACAAGGACCUGGUCGCAUGGGUAACGGUGGGCUUCCUCCACGUGCCUCAUUCAGAAGACAUCCCCAACACGGCAACACCUGGCAAUGCCGUGGGCUUCUUUCUCAGACCCUUCAACUUCUUUAACGAAGACCCCUCCGUGGCGUCCAAAAACACCGUCAUUGUCCGACCCGGCAGCGACGGCAAACCCAAAGUUCAGAGAUGGACCCCUGAGGUCAUAGGUCAUUGUGUGAGCGAGAAGCCGUUCUUCUACAAUGGCACUUAUGCAGGAGUGUAGAAACAUUGUGAUAAUAAAUGCUACGGUUGUCCCAUGCUAAUUGUACAUUCAUGAUUUCAAACCAAUUGAAAUGACUUAAUUUUGACAGAGCUGUCUCAGAUAAAUAGCUAACAAAAGGGAGACAUUCUUAAAGAAAAUGUAUGUCAGCUAUGGAAACUUGUACAGGAAGGGGGAGGCCUCUCAGCUACUGUCAUCUCAAUUUUUAACAGAUUGUUUGUAAGAAUUAACUGAGUUAUUGUCA